UUGUACGUUAUUUCCUUUUAGGGGAUUGCUCAUAACCCUUCUGAGAGUGCAAAGAAUGGCAUGACCAACCAAUAUGACAGACCAUGGAGCACACAGCCACACACUCAGCGAGAGAUGGCUCAGUUCAAAACAAGACAAGAGCAGGAAAUUUUGCAUUCAGAAAAGAAGAAGGACCUGAUUGUAGAGACAGUUCUUGUGGACCAGCUGUCGAGGGCAGCCGUUUCUGAUCCAGAAAAAAACAACAGCAUUAUUCCUCCUGAUGUGGGACCCAAACAACGAAAGCAAAUGGAAUUUUAUAACACCAGGAGUCCUUCCAAAGGUCCAAACACGGAAAAUGCCCUGUCCAAGAGAGUGCGAUUUGGAGCCAGAAUUGUGACAAAGAAUGGCCGUGAUGCUCAUAGAGAAUUAAAUGGGUUCUUCUUUUCAGCAGACAACACACUCACACUCUAUGAAUUUCACCAGUUUGGCACAAGGUCAUCAGCUCUUCCUUUCAUUCAGCGAGGCUGUUAUAGCCAUGUGCAAGGAAAGAAAAAAGGACAACCGUACACUCUGUUGGACAUCUGUGUGGGAAGUAAUUUAUCUUUUGCGACAUCUCCCCAAACAUCUCUUCCCCAAAGUGUUAGGAGCCGCCCUGUUGUAGUGUUUAGAGUUUCAGAAGUUGAUGAGCAAGCUAGAGAGACACAACUGUAAGUGAGAGCAAGUUAUGGGAAAAUUAGUUCAGAAGACGUGGGAAACACUUGACAGUUUUUGAUCAAUUGAAACCCCUCAGAACAAGGACAAGAGCCAACUCGAGCAAGAUAAUAAUAUUAUCAAGAAGAUAUGCAUGGUGAUUGGCUUAAAAUUGUGUUUCUGUAACUC